UAAUUCCUCCAGCUAACCAACCGUAUAAAAUCCUCGCUCUUCUCUUCCAUUCCCUCUAUACAACAUCCAUCUCUCUCUCUCUCUCUCUCUCUCAUUCACACACGAAAUGGGCUCGCAACCUCUUGUCCAUGUCUUCCUGGUGUCCUUCCCGGGGCAAGGCCACGUUAACCCGCUGCUUCGUCUCGGCAAGCGCCUAGCCUCUAGAGGGCUUCUGGUCACCUUCUCGACGCCGGAGAGCAUCGGGAAGGACAUGAGAAAGGCCAGCAACAUCGGCGAUGAGCCAACUCCGGUAGGCGACGGCUUCAUCCGGUUCGAGUUCUUCGAGGACGGCUGGGCCGAAGACGAGCCGCGCCGGCAAGACCUGGACCAGUACCUCCCCCAGCUCGAGCGCGUUGGCAAGGAGCUUCUCCCCAAGAUUCUCGAGAAACACAAGGCGGAGCUCCGACCCGUUUCCUGCCUCAUCAACAACCCGUUCAUUCCCUGGGUCUCCGACGUCGCGGAGAGCCUCGGCAUCCCCAGCGCCAUGCUUUGGGUCCAAUCUUGCGCCUGCUUCUCGUCUUACUACCAUUUUUACCAUAAUUUGGUCCCUUUUCCGAGCGAAAAAGCCAUGGAAAUUGACAUUCAGUUGCCGUGCACGCCGCUGCUGAAGCACGACGAAAUCCCCAGCUUCUUGUACCCCACAACUCCCUACCCAUUUCUGAGGCGAGCCAUAUUGGGUCAGUACAAGAACUUGUCGAAGCCGUUCUGUAUAUUAAUGGAUACGUUCCAGGAGCUUGAGCCGGAGAUUCUCAACUACAUGUCGAAGAUCUGCCCGAUCAAGCCAGUUGGGCCUUUGUUCAAGAACCCGAAGGCUCCGAACUCGACCGUGCGGGGAGACUUCAUCAAGGCCGACAACUGCAUCGAGUGGCUCGACUCCAAGCCGCCGGGCUCCGUCGUGUACAUCUCCUUCGGCAGCGUCGUGUACUUGAAGCAGAAGCAAAUCAAUGAGAUUGCGAACGGGGUUUUGGAUUCUGGGUUGUCGUUCUUGUGGGUGAUGAAGCCUCCGCACAAGGAUUCCGGCUACGAGCUGCUCGUUCUCCCCGAUGGGUUCCUGGAGAAAGCCGGCGACAAUGGCCGGGUAGUGCAGUGGAGCCCCCAGGAGCAGGUCUUGGCACACCCGUCAGUGGCGUGUUUCGUGACGCACUGCGGCUGGAACUCGAGCAUGGAGGCUCUGAGCAUCGGCAUCCCGGUGGUGGCGUUCCCGCAGUGGGGCGAUCAGGUUACUGACGCCAAGUACUUGGUUGACGUUUUCAAAGUUGGGAUCAGAAUGUGUAGGGGUGAGGCGGAGGACAGGAUAAUUCCAAGGGAGGAGGUGGCGGAGUGCUUGAGACAGGCCACCAGCGGAGCUAAGGCGGCGGAGAUGAAGGCCAACGCCUUGCGGUGGAAGAAGGCGGCGGAGGCGGCGGUGGCUGAGGGUGGCUCCUCCGACCGGAACAUGCAAGACUUCGUUGACGAGGUUAUCCGAAGGGCGGCAGUGUGACUACAACCUUAACCUUAUAAAUAUUCCUUUUCUUUGGAUGUGUAUCGUCCGCGAACACGUGUGCGAUGCACACGUGUCGUUUGCAAUAAAAUGAGUGCCCUCUAUGCUUUUUUGUUUUUGUAUUAUAUAAUUUUAAUAAAUACUUUUUAAAAUAGUA